AUGGAUGGAUUGCCUGAUGUUGACCUGGAUAUCCUGAACGUAGCUAUACCACCAUCCUUCAACCCCGCUGCACCCAGCACACAGGAAGCAUCCGCAUCUGAUCUAAUGCUCAUGCACCAGCAUUCCUCGAACUCGACUCGACUGCUGUUCACUCUGACUCCUUUCCUGCAUGGCUUCAACCCCCCAUUGUCAUCAUCACACCCAUCUCCGCCUUUACCUGCCCCCCCAACGAUGGUGCUUCAGCAUGUGCGAGGGCUUUCCUCGGAAGCACUUCCUGUAAAUGAAGAUGAGCAAGGAAUCUCUUCGGAGGCUGCUGCUGUGGGUCCAACUGAGGCCAUUUCAGACCCACCACCUAUGCCAACAACUUCGAGACAAUCACAUAACGUAGGCCAGGCUGAGGACUCAGGCACUCCUUUGUUGGAAGAAGGCCAUCCGAAGCGAGUUUUGAAAAAGCCUGCAUGUGCAGAUGCUACACUGCCUUGGAAGCAGAAGACGUUGCCAUCUGUUGAGACUCAGAGCAGGCAGGCAUGCACAAAGAGCCAGAUGGUUGGUGAGAAGCAGAAGGAGAAUGAUGGUAGCCGCCCAUCAUCUCAACGAGGUCACAUGAGAAAGAAACCUUAUACCUUCUUGUCGUGA